UUAUUAAAUAUAGUGUUGAUUCAGGUGCGUUGUGUGAAUUUAAAUUGCAUAUGCAGGAGUGCAGUAGAUCAACUGCUGGUUUAAUAAAUGGCACGAUCUGUAAAUUUUCAACCCCCACAAAGCUGCACAGCCAAACAUAAAAUAGAAUAUAAAAUAUAAAACAGUUAUCUUACCUAAAAAUGUGAUGAAUUAUAACUUUCAAAUAUAUUAUUUAUAAGUGUUUUUAAUAUAAGUUGAAGUAUACAAAGAAACUUUUUCCAAAAACAUGACCCCAGGAGCGCUCUACAUCUACCACUGAUGUAAUCCCAGGGCCGUUGAAAAAUGGUUUUCUAGAGAAGUUUGCCACUCCAAGAGGAAAGAAACAAAUCUGAAUAUGGGCUGAAAAUCGGGAUGCGAUGGACGGCGAGAACAGAAUCAUCCUCAACGUAGGAGGAAUUAGAUACGAAACAUAUAAAGCUACUCUGAAAAAAAUACCAGCAACUCGUCUUUCCAGGCUGACUGAAGCUCUCGCAAACUAUGAUCCAAUACUAAAUGAAUAUUUCUUCGACAGACAUCCAGGUGUAUUUGCUCAAGUUCUGAACUACUACAGGACGGGGAAACUGCACUACCCGACGGACGUGUGCGGGCCGUUGUUCGAAGAAGAGCUCGAGUUCUGGGGACUGGACUCGAAUCAAGUGGAACCGUGCUGUUGGAGCACUUACAGCGUUCACAGGGACACCCAGAGCACGCUCGCGAUUUUGGACAAACUCGAAUUAGACUCUGAACAACCGACGGAGCAGGCCGUUGCGCGCCUCUUUGGUUUCGAAGACGCGUUGCUGGGUGGCCGACUGACGACAUGGCAGCGACUCAAGCCGCGCGUUUGGGCACUUUUCGACGAACCGAAAAGCUCCACGGGCGCCAAGGUAAGGCCAAGUAAAAUUGUUCAUAGGAAUGUAGUAGCCGUGAUAUCAGUGUUCUUCAUAUUUACAUCAGUCUUAUCGUUUUGCCUGAAGACUCAUCCAGGCCUUCGUGUUCCUAUACCUACAAGCAUCAAUGCCAGUGCCAACAACUCACUAAUUACAACAACUAUUGUUCCUGUCACGACACAACCGCCGCCACCCAUAAGGAGUAACAGACAUGGAUCCAGCGGAAGUUCUAGAUAUCGAUAUGAGGAUGACGAUUGGCAAGAAAAUUAUGGGCAACCGCACGAAGCAUUUUUUUACGUGGAAUUAGUUUGUAAUAUUUGGUUUACAUUCGAAUUAGCUGUUAGGACAGUGGUCGCACCCAAAUUUUUUGCUUUUAUCAAGUCGCCAGUAAACGUGAUAGAUUUAGUGGCCACAUUAAGUUUUUAUACGGACGUCGCGCAGCGCAUGGGCGAGCGGGCGGGUCUAUUAGAAGCAUUUUCCAUAGUUAGAAUAUUAAGAUUAUUCAAGCUGACCAGGCAUUCUCCUGGAUUGCGGAUACUGAUACACACUUUCAAGGCGUCGGCCAAGGAAUUGACAUUACUCGUCUUUUUCUUGGUUCUUGGCAUCGUCGUUUUUGCUAGUCUGGUGUAUUAUGCUGAAAAACUACAGGACAACCCGGACAACCAGUUCAAGAGCAUUCCACUCGGCCUAUGGUGGGCUAUUGUGACAAUGACCACAGUCGGUUACGGGGACAUGGCUCCGAAAACCUACGUCGGUAUGUUCGUGGGAGCUUUGUGUGCGCUGGCUGGCGUGCUCACCAUUGCGUUGCCGGUGCCGGUCAUCGUCAGCAAUUUCUCGAUGUUUUAUUCACAUACGCAGGCCAGAUCAAAGCUGCCAAAGAAACGAAGACGAGUGCUUCCGGUGGAGCAGCCGCGUCGGAAACGCGAGAUGAACAAUGCCACUAACCGGCGCAUGAACGCGAUCAAGCACCCUCAGUCGCAUCCGGCCUUGUUCAAGGAUGCCUUCGGAAGCGCCAAAAUCGGUGAGGUGAAUGGAUUAAACAUGAUAGGUCUGAGCCUUCAGGGACCCUCCAUACCCGGUUUAGCGGUGUUGUCGCAGAGUAAGUUCGGUGAUUGCAUAGGUCUAGCACCUCUGCAGCCUCGUCCAGCAACUACAGGUAGCAGCAUGGACCUGCUGUUGCCCCUUAAACCGCGCCUACUCGCAACUAUCGGAAAUCAGUCCCCGCAAACUUUGAGUUCCACCACUUUCGACCAAAGUCUCGAAGUAUGUCAAUCUUCUCCAACAUGCCUCCAACCGCAAAUUCCCGUACAGGCCUUGCAAAAAUUAGCGCCCCUGGUGCAAAGUCAAAUAAAUGGACAUAUGCUAACUGACCAAACAGUUUUACCCAUAGUCAAAACACUUGCGGAGGUUUCUCCGAUACAAGAAAAUGUAAUUCGCCAAAUGAGCUUAUCUCAAGACGUGGAUAUCGAAGCACCACUUCAAUCCGCGCAUGAUGGAAUUUCUGCGCCCUACCAAGAAAUUUCAAGUACAGACCAAUCCAGUAUGGAACAAAAACCAAUGAUGCCUCAAAAUUUACCACAAUCUCACAGAAAUAUUGAACUGCCUCUUUUAGAAAAUUUAGCCAUUGCACAUAUCAUGCGCAAAGAAUGCGAGUCCAGCGUGCAACAAGGCUUGUACCCGGUUAAAACAGAUAUGAGACAUUUUGUUGUACAGCAGGCGUCUGAAGAGAAACAGCAGGUUUCCUUGGUUCCUUUAUUAGAAUUGGACAAAAUGUGUAGUCAAAGCCAAAUAAUUUCGAAGGAAAAUGAAAGUGUACAUAAAUAUACACAACAAUCCAACGAAUCUUCUGCUCCUGAAUUUUCUGCAUCAUAUGUAAAAUGCUUAAGUUUGGAAGAAACCAACACAAGAAAACCUGAACAAACAAUUAAAAAUGGAAGUGAAGAAUGUCUUGAAUCUAAUAGCGAAAAUAAUAGAAAUGCCUCAGAGCAGGCAAAAGAAAGUUAUAAUCAAUUUGCGCUCGGAGAUGGUGCGUGA